AUGGGUCUCACUCAAGACCAAAUCAACAUCGUCAAGUCGACGGCGCCCGUGCUCAAGGUGCACGGCGAAACCAUUACAACUCUCUUCUAUAAGGAGAUGAUUGACACCCACCCCGAACUCAAGAACAUCUUUAGUCUCCGCAACCAGGCUUCAGGAGAACAGCCCCGGGCACUCGCCCAGUCCGUUCUCGCCUACGCCACAUACAUCGACGAUUUGCCCAAGAUCAAAGCUGCCAUUGAGCGCAUCGCUCACAAGCAUGCUUCACUGUACAUUCGCCCCGAGCACUACGACAUUGUGGGCACCCAUCUCAUGAAGGCAAUCGGGGACGUCUUGGGCGACGCACUUACACCCGAGAUCGCCGAGGCCUGGACGGCAGCCUACGGCCAGCUUGCGCAGGUUUUCAUAGGUCGCGAGAGCGAGAUGUACCAAGAAGCUGGCAAAUGGACAAACUGGCGCAAGUUCAAAAUCAUCCGCCGCAUCGACGAGUCCGACUCCGUCACCAGCUUCUACCUCGCACCCUCAGACGGCAAGCUGCCUCUGCCCAAGUACCUCCCCGGCCAGUACAUCUCGGUGCAGAUCCCGGUCCCGCAGCUCGGUGGCAUCACUCAACCAAGGCAGUACAGUCUCAGCGACGCCGCGACACAGGGCGAGCACUACCGCAUCAGCGUCAAGCGUGAGGCGACAGUGAUAGACGCACCAGACGACAACUUGAAGAAGGGUCUGGUCACUGGCCUCAUUUCCAACCUAUUGCACAAUGAAUACCAGGUCGGCGACGAGAUCGAUGUGUCGCAUCCGCAAGGUGACUUCUUCCUGGACGCAAGACAGGCCGACAAGACGGACGUGCCGCUGGUGCUACUCUCGGCGGGUGUGGGUGCCACGCCGCUCAUUUCGAUCCUUAACACGGUCCUGAGCCCGGAGUCCAAGACGCCGAACCGGCCGAUCAAGUGGGUGCACGCGGCACGCAACAGCAGUAACUUGGUAUUCGCCAAGCACAUCCGGAACCUGACGCGGGAGCGAGACAAUGUCAGCGCGCAUAUCUUCCUCAAUGAGGUCAAGCAAGGGGAUGAGAAGGGGCAGGAGUACGAUUACGAGCAACACCUCGACCUGAAGCAAUUACCAGAGGGGGAGCUCGGCCUCGCCGACAAGAGAACCGAGUACUAUGUCUGCGGGCCGAGGGAUUGGAUGCUCAAGGUGAGACUCGUGCUGGAGGGUUUGGGCGUCGCGAGGGAGAAAGUGAAGCUUGAGCUAUUCGCAACUGGUGACGUCGAGCAGUAG